GGAUGAGGCCAGGGUAAGGGAAGGAAGGUGAGGGGGUGGUCAGGGUGUGCAAGGAUCAGAGGAGCAAAGGAGUCAGAAAAGGGAAGGAAAUAGGAAGAUGGAGGUGUGUGAAGGGGAGGGAUUGGUAUGAUUUGGGAGUGAUGGGGAAAGAGGAGAAAAAAAGAUUGGGUGGUUACCAGUACAUCAAAAAAAAAGAACUGCUAGUGAUAAUAGGACAUUGAAAAAAAUACAGUAGACAUAAAGAGAUUGGGAUGGCAUUAGAAGGGGCAAAGAUUGUCCAAAGGAGACAGGGCACUUUAAAAUUAUUCAAGUGAAUUAAACGAGUGAGUAAAGAAGUUGGUAGAAGAUUAUGGAAUUGAGUGUGUGGUUUCAAAUAAAACAGAGAAGUUUGUUGGGUAAAAUUAGGAUAGUGUGUGGUAGAAUCAUAUCACCAGGAUAAUAACAUUGGUUACGAGGCGAACAGAAGAUAGAUUGGUUAUGAUGCAACAAUCAGUAGACUCUCCACUGUACAUCUACAGAAGUUUGUCAAAGUUUUAGAUGACAUGCUGAAUCUUCACAAACUUAGAAGAAAAUGGAGGCACAACUGUGCUUUCUUUAGGUUGGAAGUUAAGGUCUGGAUCCAGGACAGAUCUUCUGAAAUGAUAAUGCCGAGGAACUUGAAGUUGCUGACCCUCUCCACCUCUGACCUCCUGAUGAGGACUGUCUUAUGGACCUCUGGUUUCCUCCUCCAGAAGUCAAUUCACAGCUCUUUGGUUUUGCUGACAUUGAGUACUGACACUUGGCCAUUAUGACAACGCAAAGUUUCAAAAACAGCAAACAAGAAUUUAACUUUGGACCAUGGAAGCUCACUGCUAACAAAAGUCAUAUUAUGAAAUCAAAGGAUAUUGAGAAGUUAGCUGAAGAAAUGAAGAUGCAUUCCCUUCCAGAGAUGUUGUUUGGUGAUAAUGUUUUAAGGGUUCAACAUGCUGGUGGAUUCGGCAUUGUAUUUAAUGCAACAGAUGCCUUGAGGACAGUCGAUAAUGGACAUGGUACAGUUAAAGUAGCAUGUGCAGAGGCUUGGCAGGAGAGCAGGGCGGAUUCUGAACACUCAAAGAUUGUUAAACCUUAUGACUGGACAUUUACCACACACUAUAAAGGAACAUUAUUUGGUGAUAAUUUAAAGCUGAAGGUCACUCCCACAACUGAACGCAUUGAUUUGGAGAAGUUGAAAACAAGAGAGCAAAUCAUGUAUUUUGAAGAAGUUCUGUUGUUUGAAGAUGAACUUCAUGAUCAUGGUGUUUCCAUGCUGAGUGUAAAAGUGAGAGUGAUGCCAUCUAGUUUCUUUGUUCUGUUGAGAUUUUUCUUGAGAGUUGAUGGUGUACUCAUUCGAACAAAUGACACAAGAGUUUAUCAUGAGGCUGACAAAAACUACCUUCUUUCUGAGUACAGUACCCGGGAAAGUUAUAUAUCGGCUCUUCAGAAUGUUCCACAAUAUCUUUUCACUGAUCCAAAUGAGAUCUCGCAGUAUUUACCUCUAAAACAACUGAUCUGCGAGAAAUUGGAAUUUCCCGAAGGUGUGGACAACAAUACCGUAUUUGGAAAUACACAGAUCUGUGCUAAUUCUGAUGCAGCUGACAGAGAAUCAAAACAAACGUGAUAUUCUGCUUUCGGAAGCCGAAGAAGUUUUUAAUUGAUGGACCAGUAUAAUCCUUAACUGUCAAUAUACUGGAAAACUACUGCAGUAAAUUAUGUCUUGUAAAAAGCAGCAGGUAAUGAUUUAACAGUUGUAAAACAGAAUUUAUCGAAGGCAGAAUUUAUUAACUGGGUUGAUUGGCAAUUCAGGCUUGUUACAGUUGAAGCCAAAGUACAACCAGCAGUGCAGCUUUUGUCUGAUUUUGAUGUGCUGCCUUACUGUUGCUUCUAAUUUUUUGCCAGUGAAACCUUGAAUAAAUUUGAACUCUGAAGGGAUGAAUGAAAUUUAUAACUGGUCAUUGUAAUUAAGGAGAAAGUUUGUAGAUAUACAAAAGUUAGACUUAAGCUGUACCAUUAUAUUUUGAUAACACUGGAAUAUGCGGAGUGCUAUGCCACAACAUUUGUUCUUGCCUUGCACUCAGAUUGUAGUAAGUUACAGUAUUUGCCCAUACAAAUCAACAUAACGGAGUCAUUUGUAGCAAGUUACAUUUGUGCAGUUUUGUAAUGAUAACUAGUCAUUAUAAACCAAUAAUGGAUCUCUCUAAAACUGUGUAAACUGUAAUUUAAAUAAAGAUUGAUUUCUAAGUAGUUCAUUCUUGAAGUGACCUGAAAUUUUUUAACUUGAAAACAUGACUAAUUGUGCAGAUUUUUUUUGCAUGAGCCCAAUUAAUAUUUAUGGAAGUAAACCACCAGUUCAUCCCAGCAUUUCGGGUGCAUUGGGUUAACGAAAGGAAAUACAAUAUAGAAAAAAAACUGUGGAUAAUUACAUAUUAGGCCAUUUGGCAUAUGAACUCUGCAAAAGUAAAAGUUAAUUCAAUUUUCCAGAUCGUGAUUCCUUUACUCGCUGCUCAACUUCAUGAAUAUUGUAAAUAUUUCUACCAUGCUUUAAAGCAAUCAGAUGAAUUGUAAAAAAUGCAUUGUAAUUUAGAACUUGUGUAAAGCUUAUGUAAUUUCUGAGGAAAUAAAAUGAUUAUAUCUUA